GGGAGGCCACUCUAAGCUUUCAAGCAGAAAAGUAUGUCAACAAAAACAGGUCAAGAAAUUUUAUCUUCGUGAUUGACAAGUUUGCAAGAAUAACAUGAAAAACUUUCGUUUUCUAAUUAAGUAUAAUCCACUCUCCAAGUUUAAACCACUCAGAAAUUUGGAUGACAGCACUGCUAUCUUGGGCAAAAGAUUUUCAAGUUCCUCCUCCACGGAUAAACUACAAUGGAGUUACACACAGGGACCGGGCGAUGUUCCUCUUCUGGGGGCUACUAUUGGUCAACUUCUACAACAGCGGGCCGAGAUGCAUCCUGACAAAACAGCUGUAGUGUUCAGUGGCUCUGGAGACCGAUUAUCCUUCUCUGAGCUGUUGGAGCAGGCUGAUCAGCUGGCAGCAGGUUUGCUGAGUCUUGGAGUUAAGAAAGGAGACAGAGUAGGGAUUUGGGGACCAAACAUGGUGGAAUGGGUCGUAACACAGUACGCUACCGCCAGAGUGGGAAUAAUUUUGGUGAAUAUCAACCCACAGUACAGACCAGAAGAGCUGGAGUUCACAUUAAAUAAAGUUGGUUGUAAAGUUUUGAUAGCAGCAGAAGAGUUCAAAGGUCAAAGCUAUUAUGAGACACUGUUUUAUUUGGUGCCAGAAUUAGCAGCUACUAAGGCUGGACAAAUACACAGUCACCUGCUUCCACAUCUAAAGCACAUCGUUAUGAUGGGAAAUAAUUCCUACUCAGGAACAAUCAAAUAUAAUGAGUUGAUGAAGGCUGGAACAAACAAGGACCGUACAGAAAUCCAGAAUUUACAGAGUAAACUUCAGUUUGAUGAACCAAUCAACAUACAGUUUACAUCUGGAACAACAGGUAAUCCUAAAGGAGCGACCUUAUCUCACCACAACAUCGUAAACAAUAGCUAUUUUGUGGCUAAGAGACUCAACUAUGACAAAGAGGACACCAGGAUUUGUAUGCCAGUACCACUCUACCACUGUUUUGGAAUGGUAGUGGGCAGCCUGUGUAAUGUGACAGCAGGAUCUACCUGUGUUUAUCCCUCUCAGACGUUUGACGCAGGCUUAACACUCAAAGCAGCUGCCGAGGAAAAAUGUACCUCUGUGUAUGGAGUACCUACUAUGUUUAUUGACAUGCUCAAUCACCAUGACUUUGACACCUUUGACCUUUCUUCUUUAUACACGGGGGUCAUGGCAGGGUCACCUUGUCCCAUAGAGACGUUAAGACAGGUCAUUAGCCGGAUGAACAUGGACAGAGUCACAGUUUGUUAUGGACUAACUGAGACAAGUCCAGUUACUCAUCAAAGCCUGCCGACAGAUGACCCGGAAAAACGGGUCACUACCGUGGGGAGACCCCAGAGUCACGUAGAGUGUAAAGUGAUUGGAGAAAAUGGUGACAUCUGUCCAGUUAACACACCGGGGGAGUUAUGUACCCGAGGAUACAACACAAUGCUCUAUUAUUGGGACGAACCAUCUAAAACACAGGAGGUCAUCGCCAUUGACCGAUGGUUCCACACUGGGGAUAUAGCAGAAAUUGAUGAAAACGGCUUCUGUAAAAUUGUGGGCAGAAUUAAGGACUUGAUUAUCCGAGGUGGAGAAAACGUUUAUCCAACUGAGAUAGAACAAACCAUCUACAAACACCCCAAAAUCAAAGAUGUACAGGUUGUAGGGGUUCCUGACGAGAGGUUGGGGGAGGAGAUUUGUGCCUGGAUACAAGUUAAGGAGAACCAGUCUGUCACUGAGGAGGAAGUUAAGUCCUACUGUAAAGAAAAGCUUGCUAGAUUCAAGGUUCCUAAGUACAUUGCCAUUGUUGACGAGUUUCCUCUGACGGUAACAGGGAAGGUCCAGAAAUUCAAAAUUCGUGAGGUUGCCAUGGAGAAACUUGGACUUGAACACAUUAGACCACACUAAUAGUCUUAAACCAACAGAGGCCAUAAAACAGUUAUCAACCUGGUGAACAGAUGUUGUGUAAAAUAGAGCAGUUCACAAAAGAAACUCAGAAUCAUUUUUAUGUGUCUUUUUCGAAUGUUAUAUUGAUUGUGAAAUUGAUUUCAUUGCUAUGAUAUUUGUAAUACAUAUUGAGAAAUUUUAGAAAUGUAAUUUAGAAAAUAGCAUACACACAUUUUAUAAUAUAUUGUAUGUAUGGAUGUGAGUUUGAGGUCAUUUCAAUUUAUGUAUGAGAAA